AUGCGCCCUCCGAUCCCGAACCUCGCAGAUUAUGGAAUCUCGCCAGAGCACGGCUUCCUACCCGAGGUCCUGCCUCUCGCUAGGCUCCCGGACCCCUACUACAACAAGUGGGAGGCAGUCGCGGCCAACCUGCAGUCGCUGAUCCUCACCAAGCGCCUGCGCGGCGUCAUCGACCGCCUGCCCGUCCUCUCCACCACUGGUCUGGAACACGACGCAGAGUGGAGGCGAGCCUACGUGCUCCUCACCUUCUUUGCCCACGGCUACAUCUGGGGGGGUGACUCCCCCUGCGACCGCGUGCCGCCCAGCAUCUCGGCCCCGCUGCUCGCCAUCUGCGAGCACCUCGAGGUCCCGCCCGUCUCGACCUAUGCCGCCUCGGUGCUCUGGAACUUCAAGCCCCUCUUCGUCGACGAGGGUGUCGACCAGCUCGACAACCUGGCCACCCUCGUCACCUUCUCGGGGUCCCUCGACGAGUCCUGGUUCUACCUCGUCUCGGUCGCCAUCGAGGCCCGCGGCGGGCCCAUCAUCCCUCUGAUGCUCGACGCCAUCGCCGCCGCCCGCCAGGGCGACAGCGCAACCGUGACACGUUGCCUGCGCGCCUUUGCCGAGCGCCUCGACGAUCUGGGCCAGCUGCUGCGCCGGAUGCAUGAAAACUGCGACCCGGCCUUCUUCUACAACAAGAUCCGCACGUUCCUCGCGGGGAGCAAGAACAUGGCCGACGCCGGCCUCCCGCACGGCGUCAUGUGGGACGACGGCAGCGGCGAGUCCCAGUACGUCCAGUACAGCGGGCCCAGCAACGCCCAGAGCAGCCUGAUCCAGUUCUUUGAUGUGAUUCUCGGCAUCGAGCACCGCCCGACUGGCGAGAAGCAGCAACAGCAACAGCAGCAGCAGCAGCCUCCUCGGGGCGGGCCCCCGACGCACAACUUCAUCCAGGACAUGCGCAGGUACAUGCCGGGACCCCACGCCCGCUUCCUGCGCGACGUCGGCGCCGUCGCCAACAUCCGCGCCUUUGUCGAGGAGCACGGCGCCCGCGACCGGCCCCUGGCCAUCGCGUACGACGCCUGCCUCGCCAUGCUCCGCACCUUCCGGGACAUCCACAUCGCCAUCGUCACCCGCUACAUUGUCCUGCAGUCCCGCCAGGUCCGCGCGCGCAGCCGCUCCCGCAGCCCCGAGGCCGUUCGCGCAACAACAACAGCAGCCACGACAACAAAGGCCGCUACGACAACAAACCUCGCAACAGCCUCCAGCAAGACGGCACAGUCCAGCGUCAAGGGAACAGGCGGGACCUCGCUGAUCCCUUUCCUCAAGCAGGCCCGCGACGAGACCGGCGAGCCCGCCGUCGGCGCCUGGGCGCGCCGCUUCAUGAGCAGGCAGACCAAGGUCUCCGGGCAGAACGACUUCUUCCUGGGCAAGGACGAGCAGGACCUCGUGCUGCUGGAGCAGCCCGUUGUGGAGCACGGGCUCGCGGGCACGUGGACUAUCGAUGAUGACGUCGGCGGGAUCUGUCAUUACUGAAAGGCAUUUUCCUUUUUGUCGUCGUUGUCGUCGUUGUUGUUGUCGACGGGUCGGGGGACAUCGCGGGAUUGACCGUUUCGUGAGCAGUACGAUGUAAUGUGCUCAGUAGCAGAAAGCGGCUUUUCAGCCGCGAAACGUUCGUUCAAGUGAAGACUUAUAUAGCUGCGUGGAAUUGCACUUUAUACAUGAUGAGCAGAGGUCGAUGUCUAAAUUGCUUCCUGGUGACAUGCACCCCUGGCUUUUGGAAAUUGGGUAGUGUCAUUUCGCGUUUUACCACCAACAGCACUUCUAGUGGUGAAUUUUUGUACUCGCAACCUUAUGGAAAGUGCAUGUCUACAAUGAGGCCUACGUGUCAUUUGCCAGUCCAAGAAGUUGAAGCAUAAGAGAUAUCGUGUUUGGAUUGUCUAAAAGUGAUUGGAGCGACAAGUACAGUGUAUAAGUACUAAGCGUACAUAUGUUGAGAGCCAUUUCGAAGUGGUCUCAA